AUGAAGUGGUUCCUAUCCGUGGCUAUCCUGAUCCUCAGCGGAAUCGAUGUUUCUGCGGUGACAUCGGCGCAGCCCGCCCCCUCGCUUCCAAAAGAGAAAGGGAUAAUCCAUCGUUCCAAAGUCGAGCCUUUUUUCGACGACACACAGCCGCCGACGGAAAAGAUAACCAACACUGGAGACGAAGCUAAAGGUAAUCCAUCUCCGUCGCCAUCUAAAGGGAAAGAGAUAAUUAGGUCUUCCGAUGUCCAAGGCGAUGUUAAUGACAAUGAAGUGUCUGCUGGCGAUCAGGAUGCUGAUCAGGUCGACAGAAGUGCGGCUGACGGUGCUGACGUUACGGAAGGUACUGCUGCCGAUGGCGUAACGGUUGGAGAUGUUGACGGCACAGCAGUGUCUGACCCCGGCGACGAGAAUGUGGAGGCCGAUGUUGGAACCAGCGGUGGCGUUGAAAGCGAAGGCAAAAAACCGGGCGUUUUCCGCCAAUUUUUAGCAAAGCUCUUAAGCUGUCUUUUCGGCAAACCAGAGCAGCAAGACUACGACGAGGCCGUUGAUUUUGUCAGUAAAAUAUUACCCUUGUUGCCAGCUGUAUAG